ACUUUACGCAUGCGCACUUUACGUCAUCGAUCACUUGAAUAAUGUCCACAGACUUGUACAUAGCUUGUUAAACUGUGACCAUGGCUCUCAGCCUUCUUUGUGAAUACAACAGCAGUGACGAGGGUAGCGAAAAUGAAAAUGAGUCGCUCGCUCAUGAUAAAUUAACAACGCCUAUUAAUUUAAAUAUCUGUUCUGCUCCAGACGUUGUACCCACGGGAACGGAGUUGUGUAUAAAACAUGUAGAUCCCACCGCUACAGAAAUAGCAUCUAAUUUGAAGUACGAGGAACUUUUUGGCCCGGAGGUUGGACCAGAAAAUCCAUUUAAAACGCAGCAGCAGCGCGCUGUGAAAAAUAUGCUUUCUGGAUAUGUAGAACAUGCACACAUUAGCCCCUUUCAAUUUGAAAAUCAAAGAAGAACAUUUGCUAGUUAUGGUAAUAUAAACGUUGUAACUCAUAUAUUAUUACAUAUCAAAGACAGUGUGGAUUAUCAAGGACGCUCGUUCUUACACGCACCUCAGGAUGUAGGCGUAAAUUUGAGAUCGGAAUCACCACCCGAUCGUUGUUUCCUACCAAAAGCGCAAAUUCACACAUGGGAAGGCCAUACAAAAGGCAUCUCGCAAAUUCGAUGGUUCCCUCGUACAGCACACUUAUUACUAUCUUGUAGCAUGGAUUGUCGAGUAAAGUUGUGGGAAGUGUAUAAAGAUAGGAGAUGCGUUCGUACAUAUUACGGACAUCGUCAAGCGGUGCGCGAUAUAAGUUUCGACAAUGACGGCAAGCGAUUCUUAUCAGCGGCUUAUGAUCGGUAUGUGAAACUAUGGGACACGGAAACGGGAGCUUGUAUCAGUCGUUUUACAAAUAGAAAAAUCCCAUACUGUGCCAAGUUCAAUCCCGAUCCGGAUAAACAACAUCUUUUUGUAGCUGGUACCAGCGAUAAGAAAAUUAUUUGUUGGGAUAUACGUUCGGGUGAAAUAACUCAGGAAUAUGACCGACAUUUAGGUGCAGUGAAUACUAUUACGUUCGUCGAUGAAAACAGAAGAUUUGUUACAACGAGUGACGACAAAAGUCUGCGAGUUUGGGAAUGGUAUUGCUUUAUUAUCCAUAAAUUAUUUUAUUUCCAAAAAAUAUUUAUUAUCGGGGUUAUUUUCGAAAAACUCUUAUCUCCGAGGAGAAUUCUUUCGAUCGCGCUAUCAAUUGUUAUCAGAAUGAGCGAUGAUCCGAAAUCGCUCUACUUGGUGUCGGGUGAUGCAGACGGAAGAUGUUACAUAUGGGAUUGGAAAACAACGAAAUUGUAUAAAAAGUGGAAAGCACAUGACGGAGUAUGUAUCGACGUACUGUGGCAUCCGCACGAGCCUUCUAAGCUCGUUACAGCUGGUUGGGACGGAAAGAUCAAAUAUUGGGAUUAACGGAUCAAUACUUGGUUUUUCAAUUUUAAAGCUGUAUUUUGUAAGAGUGUUUUUUUUAUUUUUUAGAAUAAAAUGUACAUAUAUGUAAUAAGUAAUUUAUUUUAAUCGUGGGAGAUCUGCUUUUAUUUCUCAAUCCUUUCGUCCCGUUCACGCGAAUUCCUUAUCCAAUCUCAACAAAUGUAUCAUC